GUGUGAUCAUGAAGGAUGUGGAAGACACUUUGAGUCCCCCAGCAGGUUGAAACGACAUGAGAAGGUCCAUGAGGGCUAUAAGUGUCAAAAGGAAUGUUCCUUUGUGGCAAAAACAUGGACGGAGCUCCUGAAACACGUAAGAGUAGCACACCAAGAGGAAAUCAGGUGUGAAGUAUGCCGGAAAACGUUCAAACGCAAAGAUUAUCUUAAGCAACACAUGAAAACGCAUGCCCCAGAACGGGAUGUGUGUCGCUGUCCGAGAGAGGGCUGUGGAAGGACCUACACGACUGUGUUCAACCUGCAGAACCACAUCCUGUCCUUCCACGAGGAGCAGCGCCCAUUUCUGUGUGAACACGCGGGGUGUGGCAAAGCGUUUGCAAUGAAAGUACUAUACCACCAGAGCUCCUUAAUUCUGAAUUCCAACUGUCUGCUCUUUUCCUUGUUUCCAAAGGUAAAACCAUCGCGUGCGAGACGGAGUCUGGCCUCGCACCUCAGCGGCUACAUCCCUCCCAAGCAGCAGCGGGGACAAGGCUUAUCUUUGCCUGAAGAUGGCGCGCCGCCGACCUGUGCACAAAGAAAGGUGCUGUCGACAGUUGCAGUCCUCACCCUGAGCUGA